GCUGUUUUCACACUGCUCUGAAGGUUGGAGGAAGAAGAGAUCCUCAGGGGGCCUCUUGGCAGUUUUUUCCCCUGAGCCCCUCAUGUUUCCAUCAACGGACAGAAACUAGAGAGUCAACCCAGCCACUUCAUCCUGGGAACAUCAACACCUGAGAGAGAAAGUGCUCAUCUCCGGCAGUGGGCCGUGUGCACCCCCGCCCCCUCCCCCAGUAAACCAAAGCUGAUGCUUUUGAUCGGUGUGCGAACUCAGCCUGGAAUUUCAAGUGAAGCAACUUAGAAAGAGCCAGGAAAGUUAGCAGCCGUACUGCCUAGUCACGACCCCGAGAAGGCUUAGAAACUGCAGAGCCCUCAGAGGCCCAGCGAUGUCCAACACCCUGGCCCCUCCGGAGAUCACAAGAAGGAACUCCGAGCCCAGCACUGUGCAGGCGACUCUUGGCAGCCUGGAAGGAGAGAAAGGCCAGAUCAUCUUUCCUGGCUUUGUGGUGCUCCUGGCCAUCUUCCUGAUCAUCGUGGCUUCCUGCGUCCUGUGGAACUGGAACAAACAGAAGAAGCGGCGAGUUCCUUACUUCCAUGUAGCUCCAUCGCUGACUCUGCCUCCACCCAGACAGCGAGCCAAAAAUAUUUAUGACUUCUUGCCUCAGCAACAGGCAGAGCUGGGGAGACAUCAGUCAAGUGGUUUCAGUACUGAGAGCCUCCUCUCCAGAGAUUCAGACAGCCCUGAGCAUGAGGCCCCUCAAGCAGAUGGUUCCUGCCAGAUGCAUAGAGCUUAUGUUCAUGCUGCGGAGUACACAGUAGGCAUCUAUGACAAUGGCACAGUGCCCCAGAUGCGUGGGCACCUCACCCCCUCAGCCUAUUACAUUGGUGUCAGAGCGUCCAGAAAGAAUUCCAGCAUUUCUUCUAAGGAGUCAAAUGAUUAUGUCAAUAUCCCUACAGCAGAGACCAGUGAGGCUCCAAGUUCCACCAAAAGUUCUCCUGAACAUCACCCUGGUCUUCCAUGUGCCCAAAAGCUGGAGUUUGCAGAAGGAGGGCCUGUAGGCUGUGGGGAUGCCAUGGACCACACUGGUUUGUGGGCUCCCGGAACUAAGUGCAGUAAUUCACUCAGUGAUGGAGAAGAUUCAUCUCAGACUUCAAAUGACUAUGUCAAUAUGACAGGUUUGGAUCUUGAGGACGUUCAGGAGAACAAGCCCAGGGUGACUUUUCAGUGCUGCAGAGAUUAUGAAAAUGUCCCGUCGGCAGAUACCAAUGAAAGGCAGCUGGAGACUCAGGAAGAAGUGACAUCUUCCAAUACAGACCACAGAGAGCCUGUCUGGAGGACCCUGUCCUCAGUGUAUUAUAUGGCAUUUCAGCCAUCCACACAGAGUGAAAACACUGAGGGGGCGCCUGAAGAACAGUCAAAAGAAGACUUUGAUGACUAUGAGAAUGUGCUAGUUGCAGAGUUAGAAGGCAGGGACCAGGAACAGGGGCCUGCUACUUGCCGUCCUUCUGAGGAGGAAAAAGCAAAUGACCUAGAUGGAAAGCUGUGUGAGGUGGUCUACCCUGCUUGGUCUUUAGCCACUGAAAUAGCUAGUGAAGAUGCCUGAGUGCCCUAGUGCCCAAUUGGAUCCACUUGGCUGGGCUAAGGAGGCUAAGAAGAGCAGGGCACCAGCAGGCUGCACUAAAGCAAAAGUCUAGGAAGCCCAGAGAAGAAUUCUUCUCACUCGAGGUCACUGUUAGCUCUCAGAUCAACUGAAGAAAGUUUAGUGAUACUAUCUUAUUGGGAUGUUAGAAAAUAGAAAGGUGCAUAGCACUUAGAACUGAGCAGAAGUGUGACAUGGUCGAAGAUAAUCACCUUCACAAAUACCAGCAGGCUGCAAAGCAGGAGUGCAGAUUGUUUUGUGACCCAUGCAGGCCAAAAGGAGGAACAAGCUGGGGGUAGCGCAGGUGACUUCAAGCUUAAGAAGAGCUGGUGUGAUUACAAAUUGGACACCUGUCAUACGAGCUGUCCAUUUCAUCCUUAAGAAUUGAAACUACUUUUAAUGUAUAUUGGAGUUGCACAAAUAAGUUAAUCUGUUGUAGAUAAGGAGGGCCGGAUUCCCUUUAAACUGCUUUUAUUUUAUUAACCUGACUUAAAUAUGGCCAUUUUCAUAUAAGCAUAUAAUGUACUCAAAGAUAUCCACUCUUUCCCUUUUCUCAUCCCUUCUCCUUCCUAUGAGACCACUGUAUUCUCCUAGUCAAUCUCACUUCUACUUCCCUGCCAUCUGUAUACAUAUCAUUUUUUUUUAUCUAUAUAAUAUACAGGACCCACUAAUGCUAGGAAAUGUGAUAUUUGUUUUCUUGAUCAGUGUGGUACUGACUGUGGUCAGAUAAAAUCUCAGUGUGGUUUUAAUUUGUAUUUCUCUGAUGACUAUUCAUCGUAAAUACUUUCUUCAUGUGUUUAUUGGCCAUCUGUACUACUUCAUCUUUUGAGAACUAUUUAUUCCUCUCAUUAGCUUUAUGAAUGAAUGAAGUGUCCACUAGGAUGACUCAGAACCUAAGCAAUGCCACACAAAGAACCCUUGAGCACACUGAACACACAGAUCCUGGUCCCCAAGCACUGCUCUCCAGGAGAAGGAACAAGAAAUUGCUGGAGAAGUGGCUGUUUCUAAUGCUGCUUGUGCAUCUUGUAAAAGGAAGAAGGGUAGAAGGUAGAAAGGAAGUAAGAAAGAGAGAGGCAGGGAGAAAAAGAGAAUGUCCAAAGGAGCCAGUGCAAAGAGUUUCCAAUUCUAAAACCUGGAACAAUCUGGGCAAUGAAAAAUAAAUAAUUGCUGAUUAGUAGUUCACAGAACAAUAAAUCACUAAAUAAAUUCCCAUAAGUUUGUGCCAAGGGUGAAUAAGUAAGUCCACUAUGAAGAAAGAAUGCGUCUAAGCUACAGAUAAAUUCCAAAUACUGUGUGCAGAAAGGAUGAGGCAAAUAGACAAAUGGCUACUAAGCACCCAAAAACAAUGCUGUGAGCAAGCCCUCUGACAAGUCUAAGAUUGGUGAGUGACACUCAGAGGCAAGACCACAGAACCUUAGAGAAUCUUCCCUAAAUAUUUCUUCAGUAGUGUGGUGGCUUUAACACAUGUCCACUAUAAAAAUAACUUUUUCAGGCAGUUUGCUAUACCACCCCUUUGCUCCUAAGUAUCUAUUUGGGUUUUAUACCCCACUUCUGACUGUUUAGUUCCUGAAUAAAAGACACAGAGACCUUUUAGAUUUAUAAUAAGCCUUAAAUCACUAGAUCUGGGCAGAUAUCAAUCUUCUAAGCUAUUUUGCUGUUUCCCAGCUACACACUCCAAGUUACUUGCCAUAAAUGUGCCUGCCUGGGCUGCUUCUGUUCCAUCAGGCCAGCCUUUAUGGUCAUGUGCUCAUGGUCCAUUCUUCCCUGUGGCAACUUCCUUCUCCCCAGCUUCUCUUGCUUUCCUCUCUGCCUCCUCGUGGUCCCCAUCUGACUCUAAGCCUAGGAACUUAUGUUCUGCCAGCUAUAAGCUAUCUAGACUUUAUUAACGAACUAACUUUAAAUUAGGUAGAGCAUAGUUUAUGUAACAAAGACCAGUGUAUGUGAGGAUGUACUGGUCUCAACUGCAACUAGAUCUUGGGGGCCAGUAUUUUGCAUUUAAAUACAUAGCACCAGACCAAACCCCAACACCCUACAAACUUUUCCAUAAUUCUACCGUAGAUUAAGCUUUAUCCCCCUUUAAUACAGGCUGCAUAUAAUGACUCAUUUCUAAUGCUGAGAAUACGAAAAGCAGAAAAAUACUAAGUUUAAGUGGAAAAAAUGAUAGCUACCACCUUCAUCAAAUGAUCAGUCAACCCAACAGCAAUAAGUCACAAUGAUGUCAUGUGUGCAAAAGGACACCAUCAAAAAUUUCAUAAUUCUAGCCUUAUCUGAAAUCCAGACAGAGGCUGGAGAGAUGGCUCACUGAUCGGAGCACACACUAUUUUUGCAGGGACCCGAGUUUGACUCCCAGCAUCCAUGUCAAAUGCUCACAAUUGCCUUCAGAUCUAGGGAGAUCUGAAGCCUUUGGCCUGCUUGCCUGCUCAGUCACAUACCUACACACAGACCCACACAUUACCACAUAAUUAAAAACAACAAAUUAAAUCUUUCUUUAACUUUUAUUAAUUACACUUUAUUCACUUUGUAUCCCCCCAUAAGCCCCUCCCUCCUCCCCUCCCUAUCCCACCUUCCUCCCCAUUCUUCACGAAUGCCCCUCCCCAUGUCCACUGAUAGGGGAGGACCCCCUCUACUUCCUUCUGAUCUUAGUCUAUCACAUCUCAUCAGGACUGGCUGCAUUGUCAUCUUCUGUGGCCUGGUAAGGCUGCUCCCCCCUCAGGGGGAGGUGAUCAAAGAGCAGGCCAAUCAAAGAGAAAAAAAAAAAAACAAACAAAACUGGGUGUCUUUGCACAGAUGUGGUACCAAAAAGGAUUGAGAAAGCAUCACAGAUUGAUGGAAACUAAGGAUCAAAUGUGACAUGGUACCUCCGAUUGGGUUCUACAAGAGAAAGUCAGAUUGCAAAUGCCCAUAUUUUAGUUAGAUAUAUUGUGUUUGUGUUCGAGUUUUCAGCUUUAUGGCUAUAAAAUGAUGAUUGUAUAAGUUAUCAAUACUAGAGGAAGAGAGAUAUAAGAUGUAUGAGAAUGCCCCAAACUAUUUUUGUAAUUCUUCUGUGAAGUCUAAAAUUAUUUCAAAAUAAAAAUAAAUUUAGCUGGGCAUGGUGGCACAUGCCUUUAAUCCCAGCACUUGGGAAGCAGAAGCAGGCGAGUCUCUGUGAGUUUGAGGCCAGCCUGGUCUACAUAGUGAAUUCCAUGAUAGCCAGAGCUACAUAGUAAGCUAAUAUCUCAAAAAACCCAAAUAGAUAAAUAGAUGGAUAGAUAGAUAAAUUUAAAGCCUGGAUUUGAUAGUAAGGGUUUUCUAAAGGAAUAGAACCAACAGAAUAAAUAUGGAUUGCAAAGGAGACUUGUUUGAUUGGCUUACACAAUAGGGGCUGGGUAGUAUAACAGUUGCUAUCUGCACUCUGGAAAGACUGAGAACCUGCCACUCAGCCCAGUGUCUGGAAAUGGUGCCAAGAACAAGACAUGGCCAUUGCACACUAAACUCACAAUGACUAUGGCAUAAUGUUAUUUUGCACCAUGUAAAGAUUCAAAUAUUAAUAUCUAUGCCCUCAUAUUUGGUUAUAAUUCUUGUUUUGAGAAUCUCCUGUCUCAGUGUUGUAUAAACAUUGUUUCCCAAUUGUUCUCUAAUAUGUCAAUAAAGAAGUUUAACAGCCAAUGACUGGGCAGGGGAGAGAAUAGGGGUGAACUUUCUGCCAGCCAGGGGAAGAGGAGAGAGAAAGAGAAAUUGGGGAUUCAGCCAUGAGGAGAGGUCCAGGUGACAUGAAGAGAGCAGCUGGAGCUUAGAAAGAAAUAAAAUGCAAGUAUCUUGGGGAUUUACACUGGGAGAAAGCCAGACUGGUUUAGAGAGUUAAAAUAGAUUAAUACUGCUCAGUUCUUGUGCCAUAAAGCUUGUUAAAUAUAAUAGUUCAGUCUCAAUUAUUUGGGUGCCAGCCAAGUUAAGAUAAAACUGCAAUACAAUUUAAAAAACAAAACAAAACAAAAAAACACUAACACUAACACUAUGGUUACUUAAACACAGUCAAGCCAACAACAUAAAGCCAACAUUCCAGCAAGCAGCACUAAUUGAACUCAGUGGAUUCCCCCCAAAAAAAAUAUUUUAAGAGAGAGAUAAAAAAAAAAAAAAUGAAGAUAGAAGGGAGAUAUGUCACCAUGUAUAUGCUGAGAAUUGAAGCAGGUUCUUUGGGAUUUUUUUUUUUUUUUGAGACAGGAUCUGUUGUUAUAAAGAAUGAAAAUCCCAAAUGUUCCAUUUUACCAAAGACCCAGGAGUCAGAUGCUGGGGUGAAAACUUGCUACCUCAGAGAGGCAGAGAAAGCACCAUGCUGACCUUUCUACAGCACACAUCCCAGAAGGAAAAGGUUCUUUUUCCUUCUCCACUCUUCACGCUAUUUUAAAUACCCUUCAAUUCAAUGUCCCCUCCUUACUACUUCCUGUGUGUCUCUCUGUCCUCCACACUACCUAUUACUCUCUAUGGGAUUUUUUCCCCUGAUGUUCAUUUCCUCUCAACUGGUUACUUGCUCUACCUCUUGGUUUAGGAUUAACUCUAUUUAAUCCUGUUUACAGAAAGCUCUUAAAUUAAAGGUGUGUGCUAGGCUAAGACAUACCACAAGUACUUGUUUACAGUAACAGCUCUAAGAUCAAAGACUGAGCCAUUCCACAAUUAGAAACAGGUUUUUACAGUUCACAAU